CGAGUUCCGAACGCGGCCGUACACAAAAUUGCAGCAAGAGCGACGGAAUCGGAACUGACAAUUAAUUCUCGCGUUAAUGACUCUUCUUCUCUCUUUCCCCCUCUCUCUCUCUCUCUCUCUCUCCACUCUCGCUCACUUGCGUGCUCCCUUUCUACGCUGCGAUCCCACCUCUAAUAAUGUACACAGAAAAAAAGUCGGUCGACCGGAAUUAGCGCUAAUCGACACGACGUCCGUCGGGCGCGAGAGCGUCAGUCGCGGCGCGGGACCUGCUUUCCCCGCGCCGUGUGUCUGUCUGUCUGGCUGGCCGCACGAUGACACUGCGAUUAAAGCGCGCCGAACACGAGGACAUACGUUCAAGUACAAAUAGUCCCAUGGCGGUGUCUUACAUUAUUUUAACGACAGUUGUCGGUGACUCGCACAGCUGACGAGUAUCGCUCGUGACAACCGCGGCGUCGAGUCGAUACAACGUCGAUAGGUCACCCAACCGACGAUGCGAGGGGCGCGAGUAGUGACGAAAUUACGAAAACGAAUGCUUCUUAACCUCUCGCACGGUCUUGCGCUUUUCGGCCUACGAUUGUGUAAACACACAAAGUAGCAUGCCCUACGUGUGUGUCAAUGUUCGCACUUGAGCAUAUAUUGACAAUGAGACACGGGACAUCUUAAUCUCGGGGCGUCAGACAGUCGUCGAUAAAGUUUCGCGUUAAAGCAGACAUGGACAGCUCCGAAGAGCCGACCAGUUUGCAGUCCAUAUGCCAUCUACACGCCUCAGAAUUGUUCCCCAAGCACACACACUUCGAGUGCGAGGACGAAACGUUGACGGUGCCGUUUACACCGCUGAGCGGAGAAUCGGUCGUGGCACUAGGACGCACCUCGGAUGGAGUUCUGGCGCUUUCGAAUUACAGACUCUACUUGCAGUUAAGCCAAACAUGUUACAAUAUACCUUUGGGUCUGAUCGAGCAAUUGGAAGUCAAGGAGAUUUUCUAUUUGCACAUCGGGUGCAAGGACGCACGUUCUUUAAGCUGUGCAUUUUCCACUAACGAGCAUUGUUUGGAGUGGUACAAACGAUUACACAAAGUGACCUAUCCGCGGAAGAAUGUAGAGGAUAUAUUUGCGUUCGCCUACUAUGCAUGGUCUGUAGAAGAAGGGAAAGAUUAUCCUAGGCUUGGGAAAGAUAAUAGUUCUUAUAUUGUCACAUUUACUUCAGAGGUCGAGCGACUGAAGUUUAAUUUACAUGGUACAUGGCGUAUAAGUCAAAUAAAUAAGGAUUACAGGAUGUGUCCAUCCUAUCCGUUACAGCUUUUGGUUCCUGCAUGCAUUUCCGACCAAACCCUCGAGAUUGUUGCCAAAUUUAGAAGUUCCAGACGAAUUCCAGCCGUUGUAUGGAGGCAUGUGAAUAACGGCGCCGUGAUAGCUCGCAGUAGCCAACCAGAAGUUGGUUGGCUCGGCUGGAGAAGUUCCGAAGACGAAGAUCUUCUGAGGGCUCUCUCGGACGCGUGUAACUAUGAUAAGGGCGAAAGCACGAUGAUAGAUUCACCUAUUACAUACUCCGACGCCGGUGACGAUACAAUUACACCAAAUCCACCUAAGAAAGUUUUAAUCGUCGACGCUAGAUCAUAUACGACAGCAGUGGCGAAUCGGGCACGUGGCGGCGGUUGCGAAUGCCCCGAGUAUUAUCCGAGCUGUGACAUACAGUUUAUGAAUUUGCCGAACAUUCACUCGAUACGGAAGAGCUUUCACGCGCUGAGACAGCUCUGUGCUUCGGACGCGGAUCAACCAAAUUGGCUGAGUUUACUGGAAGGUACGCGAUGGUUGCAACAUAUGUCGGGCUUGUUACGAGCAGCAGUCACCGUGGCGUCCGCGAUAGAGAGGGACGGUCGGCCAGUAUUAGUGCAUUGCAGCGACGGGUGGGACAGGACGUCACAGAUUGUGGCGUUGGCACAAAUACUGCUCGAUCCAUAUUAUCGCACUAUGGAGGGAUUCCAAGUUCUAUGCGAGAGAGAAUGGUUGGAUUUCGGACACAAGUUCGCAGACAGAUGCGGUCAGACUAUUGGCUGCGACGACCCCAACGAACGUUGCCCAGUAUUCCUUCAGUGGCUCGAUUGCGUCCAUCAGUUGAUUCUGCAAUUUCAGUGUAGUUUCCAAAUGUCUGCUGCAUAUCUUGUGAAAUUGGCGCAACAUACGUACUCUCAGCUGUUCGGCACAUUCCUAUGUAACACUAGACAGGAAAGGCGGCAAUUGAGAAUACGUGAACGUACAUUCUCCGUUUGGCGUUUCCUCAACUCCGCUUCGUUUGUAAAUCACUUGUAUUCACCGUUGAAAAAUCAAGUAUUGUGGCCAAGUUGUAACGUGCGCGACCUCGUCUUAUGGUCUGAGGUAUACUUAGGUUCAAUGGAAUCCUCGCUCGGUGUCAAAGACGACAAACAAAGGAUAACGAUAAUAGACAUCGAAGGUGGCGACAGCGAAGAGCCGCAGGGGCAAAUGACGAAGACGAGAUCAUACGGCGACCUCAUGCACGCACCCGAUCACGCGGCUUAUUUACAUCGAAGGCUUAGUGAUCCAAGUAUUUCCGUGGAGAAAAAAUUCGAUUCUCUGACGCUUGAGACUGAAACGGAUCAGAAGGAUGCGAAGAACGUGGACGAUAAUCAGAAUCGGGCCGCGAGCGAAAGCUUAUCGGAGACUGAUAUUAAAUUAAAGAAAUGCGACGCGAAUCAAACAUCCAGCGACUCUCCCGCCAACCCGUCGGUAGACAGCUCCACCGACACCCUGAUACCCAAUAAUGACUCGGUCGUGCCCGCGACAAAUGACGAGAAGGAAGUGUCACAGGCGAAUUUGUCACGAGAUAUCGUGUCUCCAUGGAUCGAAACCGGCACUACAGGACGCGCCGUCGCCUGCUCGUCGUGCAGUCGCAAUCACAACGAGGGUAGUGACGUGAGUGAUACUAGUGCCCCAUUGAUAUCAAGAACUCCCAGUAGCAUAUGCCCAGCUUCGCCAACCCAUCAGGACGUUAUACUAGAUAAUCCUGACUGGCUGGAUGACGUUGAUGGUCUUCCCGUUAUAUGUUGCGACGUCCAAAUGCGAAUACAACAAAUUAUCGUAGAGCAUAAGCUUAAAGAAGAAGCCUUAAGGAAGGAAUUACACACGACAAGGUUGGCGCUACUGAAACAAGUAUGCAAUCACAAUCAUAAUAUAGAUACCGAUCGCAUCGACGACAUUGGGUCAUUACCGGAUUCUGUAGGGAGUGUUGGUGAACACGGCGAGUCCUUACCAUCGGAUAUGUCAUGGGAAGCCGUGGAUGAGUUGGCUCCGGCGCCUACCCUCUGGGUGCCCGAUCACGCUGUGACUCAGUGCAUGGGAUGUAACACGAAAUUCUGGCUCGGUAGACGUAAGCAUCACUGCAGAUGCUGCGGCAAGAUCUUCUGCGCCGAUUGCUCCGAGAACUUCAUCCCGCUGCCUAGCGAGCAGCUUUACAAUCCCGUGAGGGUAUGCAGCGACUGUUUCUCGCGGCUACAACCGCCCUACAGCACGAGCUCCUGCCAAUGCAAUGCCCGUCAACAUCAGGGCAAGACUGAGAACGAAAACGAGGUGACGCCUCCAACAGCGAUUAACGGCGGCAAUCCAACAGAGACAACGCUAUCACCUCCGUUACAAACGUGCCUGAGAAUGAAGAAUUUGCCCACGACGAAGGACACUUGCUGCGACAACCUGCUGCAGGCAACGCAUCAGAAAGCGCAACCGUCCGUCGCGGCGGCCACGGCAAAUUGAGAGAUUUGAUCCUCGCAAGGAAGAUAUGAGCAAGAGAAAGAGAAAAUCGGGGGGAAGAGGCCCGUUAGGGAUAUAGCCCCCGCUUACCGAUCGAACGCCGUGAGCGUCGUCCUCUAUGCGCAACGCUCUCGUCAUUGUCGGAUUUCUACACGGAUUUGUAUUGCGUCGAAUCACACGCGAUACACGGACUAACUACUGCGUCUAGAUUCUCCUAAACGAUCUAAUAUUUAUUGCUAGAGUAUAAUGAUUUGUACGCGAAGAAAUGUAUAGCGGGUAUACGGAGAGACACACUGCGGUCUAUCAAGACUGCAGAGGGAAGAGGGACAGAAAAAGAAGGAGAGGUGGAAAAGCGCGAGAUAGGGUCAGUAUACGAGGUUGUAAAUAUCUUAGGAGUAUCUCGAACUAAGAUUUCCGGCUUCUUCUGAAAAAAAGGAGAGAUCCUCCGAGCUUACCUGUUUCUAGGUAUCUCCACACUGAGGAUGCUGAAAGUGGCAAGUUUAUGGACAGGCUGUGAUUGACGUCUACUUUAAAAAAAAAAAAAAAAAAAAAAAAAA